GUCGACCACCAACAACAAAAUGUUUAAAAUUUUUGUUCUUGCUGCUAUCCUAGCUGUGACUUUUGUCAGCGCCGAACCUGGACCUGUUCCAAAACCAGCUGCCAAACCUGGACUGGUUGCAGCUGCUUACACAGCUCCCGUAGUCGCUGCUCCAGCUGUCUCUUAUACAGCAGCUUAUGGUGCUCCUUAUGCGAGCUAUGUAGCUCCAUCCGUUUAUAGCGCGGCUUAUACAGCCUACUCGCCGUAUCUAUCGUCUUAUGUCGUGGUAUAGUGCAAUGUAAAUUUGUUAUUAAGUGAAUAAAAAUGU